CUGAAGUUGAAUCAUGGAAAAGGCUCUUAUUGAGGUGGACGAGAUAAAGGGAUGGAACUUGAAGAAAGAUGGAAGCCAAGUAGAUUUGAUACAAUCUGUAAUUCAAAUUGUGUUGACUAAGCUGAACAUCUGUCAUAAAAAAAAUGUGACCGAACAUCUAAUUGGAGUUGAAGAUCGUGUGGAAGCCAUGAUCAAAAUGUUGCAUGUGGAAAAUGAUAGCGUACAAUUCCUUGGAAUCCACGGAAUGGGCGGGAUUGGUAAAACAACACUUGCCAAGAUCAUCUUCAACCAACUAUCUUCUCACUUCCGAGGCUGCAAUUUCCUUUCAGAUGUCGGAGAGUCAUCACGACGCCAUGGUCUGGUACAUUUGCAAAAACAAUUAUUAUCCAAGUUCCUCGAUUCUCAUUCUAUCCUCGACCAAAUUAAUGACGUGGAUGAUGGGGUCAACAUGAUAAAGAGAGUACUUUGCAAUAAAAAAGUUCUCAUUAUAUUUGAUGACGUAGAUGAGAAAGAGCAACUUAGAAGUCUAGCGGAAAAAGGUAAUUGGUUUGGUUCCGGUAGUAGGAUUAUCAUAACUACUAGGGACCAGAGUGUCCUAAUGAUUGAUGGAGAAGUGACAGGUGAAGGCCCUAUAAAAAAGUCUACAAAUGCUUCAACUUAUGAAGUAUGUGCAAUGGAAUUUGAUCAUGCUCUUAAGCUUUUUAGCAGGCAUGCCUUUAGAAGAGACUCUCCACCGGAUCAUUAUAUCUCCCUUUCAAAAAAAGUAGUCUCUACUUUGGGAAAGCUUCCUUUAGCUCUUGAGAUUACAGGUUCAUCUCUUAAUGGUAAAUCCAAAGCAAUAUGGGAAGACACAUUGAAGAAGCUAAAAGAAGCCCCUUCCAUGGGAGUCCAAAGAAAAUUGAUGAUAUCUUAUGAAAGGUUAGAUCAUGCACAAAAGCAAGUAUUUCUGGAUAUAGCUUGUUUUUUUGUCGAUCGGGACAAAACAUACCCUUUGUACAUGUGGGAUGACUGUGGAUACCACCCACACGAUGCCCUUGAAGUCCUCUUUCUCAUGUCCUUGAUAAAAACCAAGGACAACAAUACUUUCUGGAUGCAUGAUCAAGUGCGGGACCUUGGAAGGGAAAUCGUCCGUCAAGAGAAUUUCAAACAUCCCAGCGAACGUAGCAGAGUGUGGAACCGUGAGGAAGCGCUAGACAUUCUGAAGUUGAAAGAGGAAAGUAGGAAAAUAGAAGCACCUUUGUCAACGGGACCUCAAUAUCCUUUCUUUCAUCAAGACAUUCUGACGCAUGAUGGAUUUGCCGAUUUACGAUACCUGAGGUUCUUUCAAGGGGAAGAGGUGUCCCUUGUUGGAGACUUCAAUAAUCUUCUCUCCAAUUUAAGAUGGCUUUCUUUACAUCACGGCAAUUCCAAGUUUGAGACAACGAACUUUCAUCCGGCUAAUUUAAUUGUUCUUAACCUUUCACUCAGCUGUAUUUCAGAGGAAUGGAUUGGUUGGGACCAAAUCAAAGUAUGAUACGAGUCUUGCUCCUAGCAUAAGCAUAUCAUUUCUUUUGUCUUGUUUUUUCCCCCUACAGGUUGUUUCUUAAUAUAUAUUUUAUCAAAUUGUUUUGUAGGAGGCCAGGAAACUAAAAGUACUAGAUCUUAGCUACUGUGCAUACUUAAAGAGAACACCUGAUUUAUCUUCAUGGGUAUACCUAGAGA